AAAAAAAAUCUUUGGAGAUGCUGAAAACAGCAGAAGAUGAUGGUCGUAAGAGAACUGGAACAUUGAUGACAGCAAGUGCACACAUAAUAACAGCAGUGAUUGGAUCAGGAGUGCUAUCUCUGGCAUGGGCCACAGCUCAAUUGGGCUGGAUUGCUGGGCCUUUUGCUCUUCUAUGUUUUGCUGUGAUCACUUGGUUUUCUUCAUGUUUAUUGGCUGAUUGCUACAGAUAUCCUGGGCCCAUUGAUGGCUCUAGAAAUCCAACUUAUAUUUCCACUGUCAAAGCUCAUUUGGGUGGGAUCAAGUACAAGCUUUGCGGCUUAUCUCAAUAUGGAAACAUGGUUGGAGUAUCUAUUGGUUAUACAAUUACAGCUUCCAUUAGCAUGGCGGCAAUAUCAAGAGCAAACUGCUUCCACAAGAAGGGACAUGAUGCAGGGUGUCACACAUCAAAUAAUAUGUUCAUGAUAAUAUUUGGGAUAACAGAAAUUGUUCUAAGCCAAACUCCUAAUUUUCAUGAGCUCUCUUUUCUCUCCAUUGUUGCUGCUGUUAUGUCCUUUGCUUACUCUUCCAUUGGUCUUGGCCUUUCCAUUGCCAAAAUUGCAGGAGGGAGCCAUGCUAAAACAAGCCUAACAGGAGGAGCCAUUGGAGUGAACAUGUCAAACACAGAGAGAAUAUGGAAUACAUUUCAAGCCCUUGGUGACAUUGCUUUUGCUUUUGCUUACUCUAUAGUUCUCAUUGAGAUUCAGGAUACAUUAAAGUCAAGUCCACCAGAAAACCAAGUGAUGAAAAAGGCAUCAUUGGUUGGAGUAACAGUGACAACAUUAUUCUAUUUGAUGUGUGGAACAUUAGGGUAUGGAGCAUUCGGGGAUAAAGCACCAGGCAAUUUAUUGACAGGAUUUGGGUUUUAUGAACCCUUUUGGCUUGUUGAUUUUGCCAACAUUUGUAUUAUUAUUCAUCUUGUUGGAGCUUAUCAGGUCUUCAGCCAGCCAUUUUUCAAACUAGUCGAAGACUGGAGCAACAACAAAUGGCCAGAAAGCAAAUUCCUAACAAAAUCAUACAAAAUUUGUGGAAUUUACCAACUAAAUUUCUUCAGACUAAUUUGGAGAACAAGCUAUGUGAUUUUAACAUCUUUAAUAGCUAUGAUUUUUCCAUUAUUCAACAGUGUUUUAGGUCUACUCGGAGCUCUCUCAUUUUGGCCAUUGACUCUCUAUUUUCCCAUAGAAAUGCACAUUUCUCAGGCUAAAAUUAGAGCUUAUAGCUUCACUUGGAUUUGGCUCAAGAUUUUGAGUUUUGUCUGCUUUGUUGUGUCACUUAUUGCUGUUGCUGCUAGCAUUAGAGGAAUUGUUAAGGAUCUUCGUCACUUCAAGCCUCUCAAUUCCGUUUCUUAAGUUUUUAGUACGAGAAAAAUUCUCGUCUAAAUCGGAGUUCGUAGUUACCUCUUCGUUGCGGGUAUUGGUCUAUUAUGAAUUCGGUUUAGAUAAGAAUUUUUAUGGGAUUUAGACGUUCAAGGCAUUGUUAUGGAUCUUCAUCACUUUAGGUCUCUCAAUUCUGUUUAUUAAGUUUUGAUAUUUUGUUAAGUUUUUUUUGUAUGAGAAAAAAUUCUCGACUAAAUUGGAGUUUCGUAAAUACCUCUUGUUGAAGGUAUGAUUUGUUAUGAACUCGGUUUAGAUAAGAAUUUCUUCAUAGUAUACAUGUAUUAGUUGUUGUAGAUUGUAAUGAAUAAGAUUGCAAGAUUGGAGAUUGUAAAAUCCC